AUGGGAGCAACAGGAACGGGAAAAUCUCGUCUCUCUGUUGACCUUGCCACCCAUUUUCGAGGAGAAAUAAGAAACUCGGACAAAAUGCAAGUUUAUGAGGGACUUGAAAUCGUGACCAACAAGAUCACACACGCUGAGAAACAAGGUGUACGACACUAUUUGCUAGGUGAAAUUGAGCCAGAUUCCAACUUCACGGCCGAAGAUUUCUGUCUGAAGUGCAUUGAAUACAUAGAAAUUUUUUUGAAGACUCAAUGUGUUCCAAUUAUUGUUGGAGGGUCAAAUUCGAUUAUUGAAAAACUUGUGGAAGACCCUGUAUUCAUGUUCAAACAUAAGUAUGACAGUUGCUUUAUUUGGAUUGAUGUAGAGCAAUCAGUCUUGAACCGUAGAGUUGACACAAGGGUUGAUGAAAUGGUCAAUGCAGGGCUGGUGGAUGAGGUGCGGCAAUUUUACAUUCCAGAUGCUGAUUACACCAAAGGAAUCGACGGUCCAUUGGUGUCCCUGAAAUGGCCAAAUAUUUAA